CCGGAAACUUAUUAUAUGCUGCACAGCCUCGACUAAACGAUCUCACAACGAUGCGAAACAUCAACAAGUCUUCAUCCAAGUUUUUCAGCGACACACUGAGUCCUUCCAUCUCCUCUGGACAUGAGACGCUGUCAUUUCUCAGCUGAAAGAGGUUAGUUGUUGUUCAGCCCGGUUCGGUUUCACUAGCAGCUCGAAGUGAAGAGGUCCUGGACACGACAGAGAGAGAGAGACAUGGCCAGUGGCGACAGCAGCAGCAGCAUGGACAUGGAUCCAGAUGUUGCCCUGAGGCGGUUUGAGGAGGGGGCCACCCUGGUGCUGCUGGGGGUCCCACAGGGCACAGAGCUGGGCAUCGACUGCAAGAGCUGGCAGGUGGGCCCUCGCUUCCGGGGGGUGAAGAUGAUCCCCCCGGGCAUGCACUUCCUCCACUACAGCUCUGUGAACGCACCGAGCUGCGGGAGUGAAAUCGGCCCCAAGAAGGGCCUCUUCCUGUCCCUCAAACCCAGAGAGAUCCUGCUGGCGAACUGGGACCCCCAGGAGGAAGACCUGGACUUCUCCGCCUCCAAGGACGAGGAGCAGGUGAGCCGCACCCGGGCCACCUUGCAGGAGCUGGACCCCCACCUGGGCCCCUAUCCGUACGAGGUGAUCAGGAAGUGGGUGUCCCUCACCGACCGCCUGAGCGAGGAGCUGACCAAAAAGCUGCAGCCCUUGUCCGGUAGAAUCUGCGCCUUCAGCGACGUGGUCCCAGAGGUUGAGUUCAAACACACCAAGGACCGGGCCGAGCAGCCGAGGAACGACACGGCCUGUCAGAGCAUGAAGGAGGGACUGGACAGGCUCCCCCGGAUGAAGCCGAGGGAGGGGACGGAGCUGCGCUUCUCCGAAAUCCCCCAGAAGACCUACCCGCCUGGGGCCACGCCAGCAGAGAUCACCCGGUGCAGCCUGGACCUGAGCUAUGCCCUGGAGACUGUGCUGGAGAAGAACUACGAGCUGCAGCCUCUCCACCUCCUCGGUGAGCUGCAGUUCGCCUUCGUGUGCUUCAUUCUCGGCAACGUGUACGAGGGCUUCGAGCACUGGAAGCGUCUGCUGAAUCUGCUGUGUCGCUCCGAGGACUCCAUGCGGAAGAGGAAGGAUCUCUACCUGGGACUCAUCGCCGUGCUCUACCACCAGCUCGGAGAGAUCCCGCCCGACUUCUUCGUCGACAUUGUGUCACACAGCAACUUCCUCACCUCCACACUGCAGGACUUUUUCCAGUUUGCCGUUGGCCCCGGUGUCGACGGCACGCUCCGCAAGAGGGCGGAGAAGUUCAAAGCCCACGUGACCAAGAAGUUUCGCUGGGACUUCGAUGCGGACUCGGACGACUGCGCCCCCGUGGUGGUGGAGCUGCCUGAAGGUGUGACAGCGGACUGAAGCUGCUCUGGACUGAGAUGUUGAUACUGGAAUCAUUAGCAUGGGACAGGACUGGGUGUGAUCUGAAACUGAGGGAGAGCAGAGAAGCUCUGACACCACACAGAGGUUCUCACAUGACUUUAACAGGGGGUUGCAACUCAGCCUUAUUUCAGUUACAGUGGAGAUGCAGCUUACUGAAUAUCAACAGUGCCCUCUGGUGGUCAUUUCUCUCAUGCUCAACAAGCAUGCUUGGAAGUUUUAUAGCCCCAGUCUCAUCACAUUUAUUCCCAAAACCAACACCCUAGUAUUUUAAAAAGUUAAAUAAGAAUGGUUGUAGACUUGAUUAAUGGUAAGAAUUAUAAUUAAUAGUCUGUUUUCUGCAUCCACACUUGGCAGUUGCGGUAAGUUGGUCAAAUAUAAAGAUCACAUUUAUUUUUCAAAUGUUCCGAAUUUUUUUUUACCCUUUCUAUGAUUUAUUGGAUCCAAGGUUUACUCUAAUAAAAACAACACUUUUGAUACAAAGAAA